ACUACUCCACUGCUCACACGCGGUCUGAGCCUACAAUAGACGAAACUUCAGUCUCAGCACCAUGGACCAAAGUGCUGUUCUUAUUUUCUGCCUUGUCUUUCUGACUCUGAGUGGGACUCAAGGAAUACCUCUCACUAGAACUACACGCUGUACUUGCAUCAAGAUUAAUGACCAACCUGUUAAUCCAAGGUUUUUAGAAAAAAUUGAAAUGAUUCCUGCAAGUCUAUCUUGUCCACGUGUUGAGAUCAUUGCCACAAUGAAAAAAAAUGGGGAGAAGAGAUGUUUGAAUCCAGAGUCUAAGAUCAUCAAGAAAAUACUGAAAGCUAUUAGCAAGGAAAGGUCUAAAAGAUCUCCUCAGAACCAAAGAGAAGCAUAAUCACUGCACUGCUGACAAGGAUGGAUCAGAGAGAGGCUGCCUCUGUUAUCACUUCCCUACAUAGGGUGUAUGUCAAGCCCUAAUUGUCCCUGGUUUGCAGUUCUCCUAAAAGGUGAUCAACCAUAGUCACCAAAUUAGCUGCUACCACUGCUGCAGGACGUGAAUGGUUCAUCAUCCUGAGAUAUUCCAGUAAUAACUCUGCCUGGCACUAUUACCAUAAGCUACGCUGGUGUGCUACAUUCUUAGUGAAUAUGCCAAGUCCUAACCCUGCUACUGACACUUCUCUCACUUUCUUAUCUUCUAGAGGUAUUAAAGGCUCUUUCUACCUCUGGGCUUAUCAGAGUUCUUCAAGUCUCAAAUAAUGAAAAUGUAUGCAAACAAAGUGACAAUACAACUUCUUAACUACAUGGACAUUUUCUACCGUUUUCCCAAACGGCCCAAAUUCUUUCAUUAGCUGUAUAUACAUAACUCCAAAUACAUACAGGAAGCUAAAAAAUGUCUAGAAAUGUAUGUAUAAAUGUUAUUUAAUGAAAGACUGUACAAAGUAGAAUUUUAGAUGUAUACAGUUCUUCUAUUUUUUCAGUGUUGUGUGGAAUUUGUAUAAUUAAGUACUACACAUGAAUGAAUAAUACAAGAAAUAUGUGCUGGAUAGAUUUCAAAAUAAAAAUGAUGUAUUCUCCUGAGAAUAUUAAAAAAGAUUAUCUGAUUGUCAAGAAACCAAAAAUGUA